AUGAGCAGUGGAAGAGUUUCACCAACGAUCGAAUCAAGGCAAAACCAGCAAUCGUUAGAGGAGCGACCGAGCCAACAAGAAAAGAACGCAACGAAGCAACAAGUAGCGACACCGCUACUAAUUGCAGCAGAACACCGCCAAUCACCGACUGACGCCGAUGGUGCGGAAGAAACGGAGGUUGAAGUUAACAACCACUACCAACUGACGCCAGAGCGCCCGGAACGGGAAGCUGGAGCUGGCAGCGAGCAGGGGUUGAAGGAACGCCAAAGCGACGCAUGGACGGUAGUACUAGAACAGCGGAACCGUUUGUCCGCCCCACGGGAUGUUGACGGAAUUGUAAUCGGUGGUUCUUUUCAACAGCAACAACAGAGCACGCAAUCGCCGAAAAAGAAUGAACUGAAGGAUUCCCUCGUAACGGCUGAUGGUGGUAUAUGGGAACGAGUGGAAGAGCACCACACACGCCACCGGGAGCCGAUCGGAGGCAUCAACUGCGCAGAGGAGCACAUUGGCGAUCCGAUUCCAACAGGCACUACCGAUAUGCGCGAUCCGCAGGAAUCUCAUCACGGUCCAGCAGCGCCACUACCGUCGGCACCAACUCCACUCGGGGAGGUGGAAUCCGGCGAGGACAGCGACUGUGUGAUGGUAAACGCGCCGACGGUUGCUGCGGAGCGAAAGGUGGAACCGUUGAAGAUAAACCUAACCCGCGAUCGUGAACCGCUCCGGACGAUCAUCAAACUAACUCCCGGGGCAAGUUCCGCCGAGCACACCUCGAUCGCCCAGCAAUUAUCGCCGACGACAGUCCGUGAUGUUUCCGGGUCACCAAAAAUUACAAUCAAACCUCCGAAACCACCACCAAACACAAACAGUAGUAGCAGCAGUAGCAUUCCAAAACUCACCAUCAAACCGCUUAUCAAUCCGGCUGGGGUUGAUUCUGGCGCACUACGGAGCGACGAACCCGGCGGAGGUGUGGCUGAGCAGAUGCAGAUUAUUCCAAAGCUACUGAUCAAGAGCUCCUGUGCGUCCCUGGGCGACGGGACCACGCAGCAUCACGCUCGGGAGGGUAGUGUAAUGGAGCCACACAUUGUGCCUAAACUGACGAUACGAGGCGUUAACAACCACAAUAAUCACCAUCAUCACCACCACCCCCAGCUGCAUAGCCAAUCAGUGGGAUCGGACACGCAGCAACAGCACACGUUUGUGAGUGAAGUGGGAGGACCGUCCGGACUGGGUGGACAGCAGGAGGUUGACGGCAUGGACAGUAGUGGCACGUCGGGCUCUGGCUCAUCGUCGCCAUCGCCCACGACACCGUUAGUUCCUAAGUUGACGAUAAAGAUGGAUAACCAUCACCAUUUGGCACAUGUUCAGCAGCAGCAGCACAGUGAUGGGGCUAUUGGCGGCGGUGGAAUGGCCCAUCGAGAAGGCACAAUCCCGAAGCUACACAUCAAGACAUUUCCCUCCGAGGGAGGUGGGCUGAUUGCAACGACGGCAUCGUCUGCUUUGUCUCCCCAGCCAUCCACAGCGACAUCCGGUGGCGGUGGUUCGGGUUCGUCGCCGGUCUUAACGAGCUCGGAAGGUGUCAAGCUGACGAUUAAACCCCUGCCCGAGCCUCCGAAGCUACCGAAGUUGACGAUCAAAACAUCCGGCCUGCUGGGAGCGAUCGCGGAAACGAGCGACGCCUCGUUAGUGUCCUCGACGAGCAGUUUCUCGCCCAAAGUGUCACCGCUUUCCGCCCAGGUCGGUGGUGAACUGCAAGUACUACCAAUGGCUCCGAGCGCACUGGCUUCGGUGAAACUACUAUCGCCUCCCGCCGGAGGCCUCCAUCAUCAUCCCGCGCAAAACCUACAACCGGCGUCACCGAGUGAUCAACACUCGAACAUAAGCUCCAGCUCGAUUCCAAAGCUUACCAUCAAGCCGAUUCCUCCGAAGGUUGGUGAGCAUGCAACAGCAGCUUGCGGCCCUUCCGCCCAUGAAGCUCCGAUCGGCAUUCCGAAGCUGACCAUCAAACCGAUUCCUCACCCCACCAUGAUGCCGACAUUGAAGUCGGCCCGGGGAGGAGUCCAAAGCGGCGAAAACAGCGCCAGCGAGACCAGUAUUAAUUCCCUCAUCGACUCAUCGUCCGUAUCAUCUUCAUCGUGCACGAACGCCGCGAUCAUCACUUCACCGGCUUCAACGUCCGCCUUGAGAAUGACGAUCAAAGUGCCCCAAAGUAUGAACGAAUCCUCCAACCCAGCACUAGUGUCCGCACUAACGGGACCGCCACUAGCAGUCGGUGCCACUGCGGCGGUGGCACAAUCGCCAGCAUCGUCCGUGGUGACAAAGUUGAACAUUAAACCUAUUUUACCACCAUCACAAGCGUCAUCACUAGCGACCAGAAGAGCAGAACCGCACACGGAGAAAGCUGGCUUCCUGCCGAAUGAUGAUGGCGAGGAAAAAGACGGUCCAUCGGGCGCUUCGACACCGCCCUCGGGCGAAGAGCCGGACCAGAGUGUCCCGAUCGUAAUACCUAAAGUGACCAUCAAAACGCUAGCCAACCCACGAGGUCAAGAGACGGAAAUUCUCUCUACGCCGAAAGUUACGUUGAAACCAAUUCCGAAGCCGGCACACCAACAACAGGAAGUUGCAACGGAGCCAGUGGCAAUAAACAACAACAGCAGCAGUUCCUCGGGGAUGGUCUUCGAUGCGUCUCUCGGUGGUGUCGUCGAUUCGCCCAGAAUUAUACUUAAAAUAAAUAAGGGAUCGUCUUCCACGACUACCACCACCACCACUACUGGCGAACAGCAGCAACAAGCGUGCGAGGAAAGCGUAGCCGGGAGUUUAAUGGGCCCCGCCAUAGACGGAAGUUCAAACAGCCCUAUGACAACGGGUUCGAUCCUUGCGAACGAACUGAAGCGACCCGCAGCAACAGCAGAGCCAGGAGGCGUCAUUACGACACUCUCCUCGUCGUCGUCUUCUUCGUCCGUAUCCAGUACUUCGACCUCGACGUCGGUAUCGACCUCGACGAGUUCGUCAUCCGCUGGUUCCGAUCCUGCCUCUCCGUCGUCCGGUGGUGGUGGUGAUCAAGGAGAUCCAGGCUCGCCGGAGGCCAAGAAAAGUAAACUGGACGAAGGGCGGAUCACCGAACGGCAAACCGAUCAUCCCAUAGUCGGCAGUUUGCUGGCUCAGCAUUCCGUUUUGCAGCAAACGUUGCUACAAAACCGGGCACCAAUUUCAUACCAACAGCAGCAGCAGCAACAACGACAAUCGACGGUUUUGCAACGGAGAUCACCAGCGGUUCCGACCGGUGCAGGCUUAAACAGUUGCGAUGUGAUCGUUAUAGACGAUGAUAGCAAAUCCGGCAACGAGACGUUGACGUUGCUGCAUGCAGGUUCGAGUCGGAAACUGGUCAACACGUCAACCUUGCAGCAACAACUUCUUGGGUACGGCGUCGGAGCGGCGGAAGAACUGACAACACCCCCUGUUGUGGUGAAAACGCGAAGAACGCGGGGAGGAUCGUCGCGUACUGGUGGGGGUCGACAAUCCCGUCGAGGAUCUGGGGGCCGGUUGGCAGCGGCCAAACUGUUGCCAAGUAUGAUUGCUGCUGCGGUUGCCUUUGAUGCUCCGUUAGUGAACGACGAUCGGGACGAAGGCUCCAGCUCGGACUGUAUGAUCGUUGACGAACCGACCACAGCAACAACGGUGGAAAAGAAUGGAACGGCCAGCAAUAGCUCGAUCGGUAGUGGGGCCAGUUCAUCGACGGGUGGCAUCAUCGCCUCGAUGGUUUCUUCCGGCGGAUACCCGACACUUCCGGGAGCGGGUAUCGCCACCGGGAGAACACCAGGGAGUGUACGGAUGAGCCGACGACGUGGAGCGGGUCAGCUGUUGAAGGAAGUGUUGGCACACAAAAGCCACGAUCAGGACUCCGGCGUGGACGAAGGCCUUGGUGGUGGUCGUAUUGGAGCAUCGUCGAUGACCGCCGGUGGUGGUACACCCUCCAAGCGGCCACGGGGUCGUCCGAAGAAACAGAUGAUCGAUCUGGGCAUGGUCGAAACAAACGGUGGCGGGAGUAGCAGCUCGAUGGAAGGUGGACCAAACAGUGGCCAUAACAGUAUGAUGAUGAUGGCCAUGAUGGCGGGAAGCAUGAACAGUUCAAUACAGGGCACAUCACUUCUUCACCCGAACGCUGCCAGCUCGAUCGUCAAAGCAGCGGAGUUGAUGCUGGAAGGAAUAACGCCCUUCCCUGUAACUCCGGUUCGCACGCCAAGAACACGUGGCCGAGGACGCGGCAGAGGACGCGCGAAGCUGCUCGGUGACGUUACUCCAACACUUGGCGGGCCUUUCUACAUGUCGCCGAACAACGCAGAUCCCAGCCUGGACCCGCUUUAUAUUGGUUCUCCAAGCACUGCCACUCCAGCGUAUGAUGCCGAAGGAAAUUUCCUUUUCAAUCGCAUCCAAACGCCCCGUGGUCGUGGCUCACGUGGUUCCCGGAGAGGCGGUGGGCGCGGUUCACGAACACCCCGCGGCGCCGGUAGUCGAGGAGCAUCGAAAGCUGCCCUUGCGGCCAUGCUAGCGGCAUCAGGUGGUUCCGGUUCUCCCGGAUGGCCAGCGCAACUCCCGAUUCCCGAUGGGCCGAUGGUCGGUAGCCCCGACGGACGGAUCUCUGCUACGGAAUUGACCCCACGCGGCGGCAAGGUGAGACGACCCAGAGGCGGAGCGGUAACGACACGGGGAAAACGGAAGGCGUCGACCGAGGCAAAAACGAGAACGCCGCGAAGUAAAAAGGCCGCGUUGGCUGCCGCCGCCGCUGCUGCUUCAGCUGAUGGUAAAGAGUUUGUUGCUGGCGGACACCAAACUCCGGCGAAGGUAGCGGCAGACGGAAGGUCACCAAUCACACCGAACAACAACAUCUUCAUGACGCCCAUGGCUGGCGGAUUGGAUCCCUUCCGACCUAAGCUGCAGAUUCGCGAGCUAAAAACGCCGAAAAAUGCAAUCAAGUCCAACACGCCACCGUCCGGUGCGCUGCUUACGCCCGCGGCAAACCUUUCCGGGGCACCCGGUGGCGUUGCCAGCUUGCAGCUGUUUGAGGAGGACACCCGGAUGAGCGGAGACUUUAACUUCACCACACCGGUGCGGCUGAUCGGCACCGGGGACGGAUGCUUGCAGCAGAACGACGAGUCCCAAAGUUCGUACCUGAGCAGUACCAGCGUUACGCAGGAUGCAACUACCUCGGCCGCAGUCAGCACAAACGGAGCACAAGCGCUGCCAGCCGAUGCCGCCACCGCAGCGGCUAUUGCCGCGGAGCCGGGAAAGGAUGGAAUGCUUGCCGCGACGACGAUAACCGGUACGGGUGGUGGUGGCGGUGUCGGUACCAGUAGCAGCAACAGCAGCACCACAAGCAGCUCCCGGAGGCCUAAGGGCAAGAUGGAAGUGCUCGAUGCACAUCGGGCACAGUUUACGGUCGACCUGUUGGCAGAAUACGAAUGGCCACCGCCCUCGCCGGGCACCCGAGGAACCGACACGUUUAUGCUGCAGGAGCAGAUUGCCGAGUACCUCGGAGUGAAGAGUUUCAAGCGCAAGUAUCCAGACCUGAUGCGCCGCCCGGUCGAAAUGGAGGAGCGCAACUUUCUGCUGGAACAGGGUUUGGCAUCUGAAAAGAUGUGUGACCUGGGGCUGACGGCGGUGUACGCGUCCGAGAUACUGGACAUUAUGUGCAACGACUAUCCGGAAAAGUACGAGGAGUACACGCGGUACUCGCGCGAGAAACAUUUCCGUGAGCUUAGCAAUCGCCAACGCCAACAGCAGGAAGAGGUCGUGGCGGCGGUGGCAGCAGCGGCGGCAGCGGCAGCUGCGAUACCGGCAGCUCCGAUCGACCGUGCGAAGUUGCAGAAAGAAAAAGCCAUCGAAUCAGCCUCUAACUGGAACAGUACCUUCAACAAAGAACGACGGGAUACGAGGCGAGCGUGUAUGGAUCUGCAAACAUACGUGGUGCACGUUCCGCGACGGAAUCAAUGCGCGCAAACAGCGCGCCCCGAAGGCACCGCACCGAGCAGGCAGCUUUCUAAUUAUCCCGUUGCGCUGGUCCCUGGUCAAUUCAGUGAAUAUUACACAACCUACACACCGGAACAAUUGGCUUGCUAUCCUAUCAACACCAUGUUGCUGGACCCGCAGCAGCUGGAGGAGAUCGUUUCAUCCGAGCGCUACAAAAAGCUGGCCGCCGAAGAAGCUCGUCGGGCUGAGUGUUACGAAACGUCAUGCAGUAGCAGCAACAGUAGUAGUAGCGGUAGCAGCGACAGCGACACCGAUAGCGACGACGACGGUAGUAGCAACGGUGGGGAGGACAGUGGCACAUCCAGUGACGGGGAAAGUGGUGGUAAACAUAUGCGCAAAAGUCGCUCUCAACGCGGAAGGAGCAGCUCAUCGGAUUCCUCAUCCAACACCGAUAACGAGACGGAAGUCUCAGGUGCUACGGAGAGGCGGAAGGUUCGUCGAAAGCGAAAAGUGGCCAGCAGCAACAGCAUCCUGACGGUGGACGGUGAAGAUGAGGACAAGAAUGUGAAACCGACGGCAGUGGUCACUCCGGUGAGGCGCUCGAGCCGAGGGCUGAGUGCAGGGGCGACGACGACGGUUCCCCUCGCUGUCGAGGUUAAGAUUCCAACGGAUUCUGACGAUUCGGACGUUCCUCUCAGUGCACAUGCGGCGAAGCGAAAGAAUGCGGUAACUACCGCAGCAAUAAUAGUAUCCGCCGGAGGCGGAAAGCGUAUGGUGGACGAGAAGCCAACACUGACGGUGAUGAAGCGGCCCCCACUGAACCCGUACAUGUGCGCCGUUUGCCUUGGGCCGGAAAACAAGAAUAAAUACAACAAACCGGAACGUUUUGUGCGUUGCGAUCGCUGCCGAAGGAAAGCACAUCCGUCGUGCAUCGGCAUGUCGUCGGUGAUGUAUCGCCGAGUGCAGCAGUACAAGUGGCAGUGCACCGAGUGCAAGCUGUGCAUGAAGUGCAACCGGAGGCCGGCGGCAAUCGACAGCAAGAUGGUAUACUGUGAUCAGUGUGAUCGAGGAUUUCAUUUGGCUUGCAAGGGUCUGCGGAACUUACCUGAUGGUCGUUGGCACUGCAGUAUCUGCACCAUCUGCAGUCAGUGCGGUUCCCGAACACCGGAAGGACACCCGAACGCUCAGCUAACCGCGCAGCAACGGCAGCACCUCGCGAUGGUGGCCGAAUGGACGCACCAGUACUGUUUGAAUGCCUUAACCCGAAUACGGGAGCACGUGCGAACGCUAUGCGUACCGUGCGUGCGCGAACGGAGGCAACGAAUGCAGCAAGAGAAUGCCCAGCAAACCACUGUUGCGGCUGCUGUUGCAGCAACCCCGGCGAGACAGAGCAAUACCGAGAACCAUGCAAUACUUAACAACAACAACAACAACAAACCCAUCAGCACGCCCAUGGGUGGCGUGACUGUGGAUAGGAAAGCCCAGCUCACUAUACCGGUAACAACCGGUGGUCCGGUGAAUACAAUGAAAGUGGUGGUACGAGCACCGAUAGUAAGGAAGUUGCCAGCGACGUCCUCCAGUUCGGUGGUAACGGUGCAGCAGCAACACAACAGCAGCUACACCGGUGGUAACACCUUUGCGGUCGGUGGAACCGUAGUGCCACAAUCCGUUCCAGCGGAUGUUACUAGAACCGUAAUGGGUGGUCCUUCUGUUCGGAGCUCGUGA